AUGAUGGAGACUGGUCUGACUAAGUCAGCAUUGGAAGCUGGGGAUGAAAUACUCAAAACCCUUUUCGAAAUAGUUUUAUUUGAAGACUGUGGCAAUCAGUGGAGUCUUAGUAGACCAAUGCUGAGCUUGAUACUCAUCAGUGAGCAGAUAUUUACGGAUUUGAGGGCUCAUAUUUUGGCGUCACAGCCAGCAGAUCAGCAUCAACGCCUUUCCUUGUGUUUUGAUAAACUAAUGGCUGAUGUUACUCGAAGCUUGGAUUCAAAGAACAGGGACAAAUUUACCCAGAAUUUGACCAUAUUUAGGCAUGAUUUCCGUGUGAAAUAG